UUAAUCUUAGCACCGAAACGUUUCAUUUCACCCGGUUAUUUUACUACUACUAGUAUUAGUACUAUUGCAUAUUUUGAAAUAUCAGUGAAAAUGGGAAAAUCGCAGCUAGUAAAAAGUAAAACAAUUUCUACUGUGAGGAAAAUUAACAAUGUGAAACUAAUUAAUAAAAAGCAGACAAAACUUUUGAAAAGAGGUAAAAUAAAGCCCCAGAACAUAGGACGUAAAUUUUCUACUACUAGGCCUACAUUGAAACGAAACAGAAUGGAGAGGGAAACUAAGGAAAAUAAAAUUGAAGUGGAAGAAAAGGGGGAUGCAGAAAAUUUGGAUAAUUAUCAAAAUGAUGGCUUGGAAGAUGUAAUUGAAAUGAUUGAUAAAGAUGAUUUGGAAUACAUCAAAAUGCAAGGUAAAACAAGAAAUCCAUUAAGUUUUACAUCACAUAUAUUUCCUAGACAGUCAAAACAGGAACAAAAUGACUGGAAUUCUGUUUCUAAUACAAGUAGUGAAGAGGAGGAAGAAUACGAAAAGAAACCACGAAAGAGUUUUGAAGGCGAAACGGAAGUCAAGCACCUCUUACCUAUAAAAGAUAAAUAUGGUAUUAUUCCAAAAAUGACAGUGGUUACAAAUAAAAAAGUUGAUGAAGAAGUAUCUAUAUGUGUAAUGAAGGAUAUUGCAGGAGAAAGUGAAGUAAAUGGAGAACAGAAGCAAUCUGAAGUUAAGAGACAACUGAGUCUUGUAGAAUUAUAUGCAGAACGACAAAAAAAACUUCAUGAAAGAAGACAAAAAAUUGGACUGCUUGCAAGUUCUGUUGUUGAAAAUCCAGAAGAAAAUCUCAGAAACCUGAAAGAGCUUGUUUUACUAAUGGGAGAAAAAGAUCCAGAAAUAUUCUUGUCUUCAAGAAAACUAGCCGCUCUUUCACUUCUGGAAAUUUUCCGUGACAUUCUUCCCAGUUAUAAGAUACGACUUCCUACACAAAAAGAGAAAGAACAACGAGUUAAAAAAGAUGUUAAAAAAUUAAGAGAUUUUGAGGAAAGAUUAUUGAGACUGUAUAAACAUUAUCUGGAAAGAUUAGAAGUGAUGUUGUUGCCUUUAACAUGUAAAAGGAAAAGGAAAGCACAAAGGAAUGAAAAUAAUAUUUCCUGUGCUAAAGAGAGAGCACAACAUCAACUUGUGUUAGUAAGUGUUAAGUGCUUUUGUGACUUGCUUGUCACUCACCCAGAGUUUAACUUUCGAGAAAACAUUAUAUACCUGCUUAUUCCUCUUAUGGCCAACAGAAAUAGUGCUAUUUCAGAAAUGUGUUGCGAAACAAUACAGAAAGUUUUCAGAAGUGAUAAACUAGGUGAAACGUCUUUGCUAAUUUUAAAGCAGAUGAGCAAAAUGAUGAAAGGAAGAAACUAUGAGGUUCCCCCUCAAGUGGUGCAAACUUUUCUGUCAUUGAAUAUUCGUGAAUGUGAUUUAAAAUCACAAGAAGAAACAAAUGAGAAGAAUACUUCUAAUAAAAACCAGCCAAUUUUGUCACGCAAAGAAAGAAAGAGGAGAAAAAAGAUGAUGCAUCUUGAAAAAGAAUUAUUAGAAGCUGAAGCAGAAGAAAACAAAGCAAAGAAAGGAAGAUUUCAGACUGACAUUUUAAACCAAAUAUUUUUCUUAUACUUUAAAAUCCUUAAGAAUAAAGCUAAAUCUCCAAUCCUGACUCCUGUAUUAGAAGGAAUUUCAAAGUUUGCACAUCUGAUUAAUAUAGAAUUUUUUGAUGAUUUAGUUUCCUGUUUCAGUGAACUUAUUGAAAAAGGUGAACUUGAUGGUAAUGAAAUGUUGCUGUGUAUACACACUGUGUUUACUGUUCUUUCAGGUCAAGGUGUAGCAUUAAACAUUGAUCCACAAAGGUUUUACUCAUAUUUAUAUAGAACUCUUUUGUUAGUUAAUGCAGGAAAGACAGCUGCUCAUAUGCCAAUUCUGUUUAAAUGUUUGGAUGUAAUGCUUUUGAAAAGGAAAAAACAACUAACACAUCAUCGAGUUUUAGCUUUCUUGAAACGACUGUGUACAGUUUCACUUCAGACAAGUCAUGAGGGAACAUUGGGAAUAUUGGCUGUUGUACGCACAAUGAUGCAGUCCCACAAGCAGGCUGAUAUUUUGUUGGAUCCUGAAAGUUCUGGUGGAAGUGGAGUGUAUCUUCCAACUUUAGAAGAUCCCGAACAUUGUAAUGCCAGUGCCACAGCACUUUGGGAACUGAAGUUCCUCCAGCGUCACUAUCAUCCUGUGGUGGUAGAGUACACUAAUCACAUAUUACAUGGCUGUCCUAUUCAAGGUAAAGGUCAUCUUUCACCAACACUAGCAGCUGAAUCUCCAGUAAGUUUGUUACAACAGUAUGAGACAAGUUUGAUGAAACUGAAUCCACAGCUUUCAAAAAGCAAAAAAGUCCACAAUGUCAGGAAACAUCACCUUUUAACAAGCUCAGAAAGUUUGAUAUCCCUGUAUUCGAAUAUUUUAGAACAUAGUGAUGAUUUAACACUUAAAAAAGUCAGUACUUUGAAGUCAUAGUUCAGAAAUUAAGCUGUUGUGUUUUUGUACACGAUGGAUGUUGUGGUAUAAAUAAAUUUGGUUUAUUCUGAUUUAUGGUGGAAAAUUACAUCUUAAUUUCGUAUUAAAUGUCCAAGUAAAACUGAUGACAUUAUACUUAAAAAAAAAAUGUUUUUUCUUAAAACAAAAAUUUUAUGUGGAAUUUGAGCAAUACUUGAACUGUGUUCAGGGUAUUCAGAAGUAUAUGAAGUUAAUUAUUAUGUCAAAACAAAAUCAUAAUAUGGCACGUACCCAAAUUUGGCUAAUAAUUGUAAGUUACUUGGUUAUAUGUAAAUUUAUUUCAGAAAAAUUCAUUCAUUUUAUUCCCUGCAGUAUAACAUAUUUUUUGUAUAUAUAAAAAUAUGCCACAUUUUAUAACUGAGCAAUAACAGUCUAAUUUCAAAACUAGGCUUAAAAUUUUCAAUAAGCUGUUAUAGGUUUCUGUGUAAACCUAGAGAUUGCUGCAGUAUAUAGCUUGACAGGUUAUCGUUGUUUCACUUUUAAUUAAAGUUGUACAGUUCGUAGACAUCAUU